AUGGCCGCCGCUACCGUCAACAAGUCGGCUCACGAGUUCGACAAGGGCAACCUUGACUCGAUGCUCACCCGCCGCUUCUUCUUCGCCCCCGCCUUUGAGAUUUACGGCGGUGUCGCUGGUCUUUACGACUAUGGACCUACCGGUUCGGCUCUCCAGGCCAACGUCCUCAACGAGUGGCGCAGGCACUACAUCAUCGAGGAGGACAUGCUCGAGCUGGACACCACCAUCAUGACUCUCUCCGAGGUGCUCAAGACCUCGGGCCACGUUGAGAAGUUCGCCGACUGGAUGGUCAAGGACAGCAAGAACGGCGAGAUUUACCGUGCCGACCACCUCGUUGAGGCUGUCCUCGAGGCCCGCCUUAAGGGUGACAAGGAGGCUCGUGGUAUCAAGCUGGACGAGGUCGUGGAGGAGGACGACAAGAAGAAGAAGAAGAAGAAGGUCAAGUCGACUGCUGUCAAGCUUGAGGACUCGGAGGUUGCCGAGUACGAGAGCAUUCUUGCUCAGAUUGACAACUACACCGGCCCCCAGCUUGGCGAGCUUGUGCGCAAGUUCAACAUUACCAACCCUACCACUGGCAACGAGCUCACCGAGCCCGUCGAGUUCAACCUCAUGUUCGAGUCGAACAUUGGCCCCACUGGCCACAUCAAGGGCUUCCUCCGUCCCGAGACUGCCCAGGGCCACUUUGUCAACUUUGCUCGUCUCCUCGAGUUCAACAACGGCAAGGUCCCCUUCGCCUCGGCCCAGAUUGGCCGCUCGUUCCGUAACGAGAUUGCCCCCCGCCAGGGUCUGCUGCGUGUCCGCGAGUUCACCAUGGCCGAGAUUGAGCACUACGUCGACCCCCUUGACAAGCGCCACGCGCGCUUCAACGAGGUCAAGGACGUUGUCCUCACCCUCCUCGCCAAGGACAUUCAGGUCCAGGGCCGCACCGACACUGUCCAGAUGACUGUUGGCGACGCCGUUGGUCAGGGUAUCGUGGACAACGAGACUCUCGGCUACUUCCUCGGCCGUACUCAGCUCUUCCUUACCAAGAUUGGUAUUGACCCCAAGCGUCUCCGCUGCCGUCAGCACAUGGCCAACGAGAUGGCCCACUACGCCGCCGACUGCUGGGACUUUGAGAUCCAGUCGUCGUACGGCUGGAUCGAGUGUGUCGGUUGCGCCGACCGCUCGGCAUACGACCUUACUGUCCACUCGGUCCGCACCAAGCAGCCCCUCCGUGUCCAGCAGCGUCUCGAGACCCCCCGCGUCGUUGAGAAGCUCGACGUCCAGUUCGACGCCAAGGCCUUUGGCAUGAAGUUCAAGAAGGACGCCGCCACCAUCAGGAACACCAUUACUGGCCUCGACGAGGAGCGCCUCCAGUGCCUCAAGGACGAGCUUGACAAGGCUGGUGUCUCCGGCGUUAAGUGCGCCGACGGCAAGGUCUACGAGGUCACUCCGGACCUUGUCAAGAUCAACCCCAUUACUGUCACCGAGCACAUGCGUGACUUCACUCCCAACGUUAUCGAGCCCUCGUUCGGUAUCGGCCGUAUCCUUUACUCGCUUCUCGAGCACUCGUACUGGGCUCGUGAGCAGGACAAGGCCCGUGGUGUCCUUUCGUUCCCCGUCAACGUCGCGCCCAUCAAGGUCCUCAUCGUCUCCAUCUCCAACGACCCCAAGCUCACCGAGAUCGUCUACGAGCUUACCCGCAAGCUCCGCAAGCUCGGUAUUGCGUCGCGCGUUGACGACUCGAGCGUGUCCAUCGGCAAGAAGUACGCCCGUAACGACGAGCUUGGUACCCCCUUCGGUAUCACUGUCGACUUUGCCACUGUCCAGAACGGCACUGUCACCAUCCGCGAGCGCGACACCACCUCGCAGUACAUUGGCAAGAUCGACGACGUGCUUUCGACCGUCGACGAGCUCGUCAAGGGCAACGUUGACUGGGCUGGCGCUGCCGGCAAGCUCGAGGUUUACUCGGGUGUGCAGGACGUCGCCGAGUAG